UAUUUUUUUAGGGCAGACAGCUCUGAAUUUUCCAAAAGCGGCUACAAAGAAAAGCAAUGAUCAACAAAAACAAGGAAAUAACCGCAACAUACAUCCCGCAGCCCUCACUAGUUUAAAAAAGAAAGUAUCGGUGAUAGUUCAAAAUGAGCUCUUAUGUUGACAGCUCCAAUCUCAGGCAAACAAGCGAGACAACUCCUAACACUAUGUUUAGUUUCGAUCUAUAUGGGCGCAGGUCCAGCCGCUAUGAGGGUGUUAAUGUGAACGGGAUAUUCACUUGUCCCGUCCCCACGACCUCUGUUGAACGGGAGGAGAUGAAAACUAGCCUGCGUGGCAACACGGAUACUCCUCUCCCGUCAGGACCACAGAUAACCAUGGUCUCCAGUAGCUCGUCCGUGGACGCAAGCGGACUUAACUACGGCAGUAGUACGCUGCUGGGACUAGGGGCAGACAGAGACCCGGAGAGGAGCGCGAAAUCCGGCGGCCAGGAGAGCGAGAGAAACGCGGAGAACACGCAGGCGGUGAAACGAAACACAAAAGUCAACCAGCGUCAGGACAGUGAGCAGCGGCCACAGAUUUACCCAUGGAUGACAAAACUGCACAUGAACCACGAAUCGGAGGGUAAGCGGUCCAGGACCAGUUACACCCGCUACCAGACUCUGGAGCUGGAGAAAGAGUUUCACUUCAACCGGUACCUGAGCCGCCGCAGGCGCGUAGAGAUCGCCCACACCCUGUGUCUAAACGAGAGGCAGAUCAAAAUCUGGUUCCAGAACAGACGAAUGAAGUGGAAGAAGGACUCAAAGAUCAAAGUGAAGGAAUAAAAGUGCACCAGUGAGAACGGGGUGCAUGCAGCACGUUUUCAGCCCCACACUGCACAGUGCUGGAGUGCCGCCUGACCUCCGGAUGAACUGCUAGGAGCAAUGACAUCAUGACACCGCUCUGUGUGCUUCAUCACCAAUUAUGUGUCACUUGCUGCAGUUUGGGACCUAAUGUAUUGAAUAUCACUCACUUUGAUCAAUCGGUUUACAUUUCUAAAUUAAUUUGCUGGCCAUGCGAUGAUAACCUCACUUUACUGCACGAAGGGGACAAGAGGUUGAGGAGAGCUGAGUCCUUCACGCUGCAGAGAUUUUGGUCUGCAGUGCACUGAAAGGCUGCACAACGCUACUUAUAAUCUAUGUUUUUUUUUUUUUAAUUUGGAUCAAAGUAGUGGAGGCUGAGUGAGAGCCUGCAUCACAUCAAACUCUACAUCAUCACCAUCAUGUGAUAAAACUUUUAAGAUCAACGAAUCAAAUAAAGACAAAAAUAUUUCUGACUGCUUUGGAAAUCAUUUGAUUAUGACCGUUAAAUCGUUUUCCACCUCUUUCCCUUUCAUUUCUCUAAUAUGUUGCAGUGCGAAUAAGUUAGGACGUUGGUGGGAUGUGUGAUGUGUUCAGUGAGCUAAUAUCUUUGUGAGUGGAUUUUUCUGUCAAGGCAUCGUCCAUGUUGUCUGUCAUAUCUCUGUGAAUCUAAAUCCUUAUAUACAAUUCAGCGACUGUAUGUGAUAUUAAUGUGAUAAUGCAAUGAGGCCAUUUCUCUUUGCCCUUCGUAAACCUAAGGUGCCUGGUUUACACAAGGCCUAGGAUAGCUGAUAGGUGGCUUAUUGUUGAUUGUAACCAAUAAAGUCUCAUCAUUAAAAGUAA